UGUUGACCCAUCACCCCCCUGUGCAGCUUCUGAUCCCGAGGAAGGGAAGGGAAAGGGGGGGGGCGGUGGGAGGCGGCUGCGAAGGAAGCCAGGCCAGUGCCCGGCCAAUUAAGUGGGGUUUUUUUUUUAACGUCGCACUGACCACCACUAAAACCGUCAUCGAGGUGAAAUUGACGUGGUUAAUUUUAAUCCGAAGCUCGAAUUAAGGAGGGAAAAAAAAAACUCAACACAGAAAAAAACAAUUAACGCGGUGUUUGUUGUUGCCGUUGUCGUUCCUGGGCAGUCAUUGGUGACCGGAGCUGAGGCCAUCAGCUCACCACACCCGUGACCUCGGUGCGAUCGCCGUGGUUGGGCGAUAACAAAAAAAAGAAACUCCCUGACGAUUUUCAGCGGUGCCGGCUCCGGAGCUCUCCACCUCCGAGCCACUCGAAUCCAACCACCUCCGAGAUGCAGCAGCGUCUGAUGAACGCAAGUGACCCCAUCAAUUCAACGUGGGGCAACGCGACGGGCAUCAACGCCGCCGCCAACACCACCGCCGCCGAUUACGCGUUCAUCGUCGUCAUCACAUUCGUCCAGAUAUUCAACAUUCUCAUGACGCUACCGUCCGUUGCCUUCCUCAUAAUCACCCUCACCACCGUCCUGGGCAGCGCCGCCCUCCGCGAGAGCUCACGCUACCUCCUCUUCGUCAACCUCCUCGCGUGUGACAGCUGCUUCCUCGUCAACUCCAACGCGAUGGCCACCCUCGUGUGGCGCCGGGUGACCAUUGCCUUCGUGCCCUGCUACAUGUACAUCACGCUCGCAUCGGUGCUCAACCACGCCGGCGCGAUGUUCGUCACCGCCAUGUCCGUCGAGCGCUAUGCGGCUGUCUGCCACCCGCUGCGCUACCACGGCUGGUUCGGUCUGCGCGCCACCCUCCGCGCCAUAGCCUGCAUCUGGUCUGCGGCGAGCGUGUGCCCGCUGGUGGAGGCCAUGCUGGCCUUCUCCGGUGGAAGCUCCGACGAGCCGAGCCUCGACCAGACGUCGUUAUGCGUGCCGAAUCGGAUCGACUCGCUGCUCCGCCACCGGACGGCGCUGGUCGCGCUCCGGGAGCUGGCGAACAGCGUCACGUUCAUAACGAGCGUCGCCGCGAUGCUCUUCACCUACACGCAGAUCGUGAGGGCGGCCAGGAAGAGUGCAGCGUCUGGAGGCAGAGGAGGAGGUGACGGAGGUGGUGGUGGUGAAGGAGAUUUGAACUCCGCGCGCAGGGCACGCAACACGGUGGCUCUCCAUGGCCUCCAGCUGCUCCUCUACCUCAGCGCGCUGGGCAACGAGGUCUUCCUGCUGCUCCUCGUCUUCGUGACGAGCAACGCGAAGAUAUUCACUCUCUGCAGGAUCUCCCUCUACAUGGUGCUCUUCGUGACCUCCCGAAUGGUCAUUCCGCUCGUCUACGGCCUCAGAGACCAGGAGCUCAGGAGGCAGCUGAAGAGGAGGCUGGCGUGCGGCGCUUCAGGAAAAGUGCGGCAAAGUUUGAUGCAUGGGCCAGCAAUGUCCUGAUGGUGGUGGCGGAGGGAGGAAGAGAGAGGGAUAUGGGGGGAAAAGGAGGGAUAAGGAGGGUGGUACUAAGUCGUCGUCUUGCUCUAUUUAAGGCCAGAAGCAGGUGGAUGGAUUCACUAUUCUGGCAAAUCGCCCGAUGAUGU